ACAAGCGCAGCACGAGGGAGAAUUGGGAAACGCGCGCAUAACCACCUGGCGUCGUGCGUUCCCCCAUUCAAUCCAGUAUCGACCGGCUGGCGAGUUACAAUUUUCGAGAAUACAAAUCGAAAUUCAGCCCGACUAAAAGUCGAAACUCGGUACGGCACGGGGCACGGGGUGGCCAAUCGAAGAUCGAAGCGAGCAUGCGAAUCGACUAGCUUGCUGACACCUAGUGACAAUCAUAAUGGUGGUAAACAACCACGGGGAUGAUUUCGUAUCAUCGUCGUCGUUGCUGUCACAUCCCCCGAUGGGAUUCGCGUAAAUGUAAACAGAGUGACGACGGCGAGGACGUCGAAUCGUUUAGUGCGUCGUUCCUGUUUCCGGUCCCGUUCCCACGGCGUCGGCGAUAUAAGAAAAGACGGCAACGACGUUGGAUUCGCGAGUGGCGAUAUAUAUUGUUUAUAUUUUGUUGUGAAGUGUCUGUGUCAGUUGUUACUGUUUUCUCUUAUCAUUCUCCUCGUAUUUUGGAUUGUUAUUUGCUUGCGGUAAACAAAAACAACACCCGGCAUGGCUGAUAAUGGUGACACCUCCUCUUCGGCGGAGAGGUCCUCCUUUUGAUGGAAAAUAUUGGAAAAAUGAUCGAACAACAAGCAUUAGGUGAGCAAACGGUCGAUUCUCCAGAUAGUAGUGCGCAUGCGGUAAUUGCCGCCGCCGGUGGCAUGGAAACGCAGGUCGUCCGUAUGAGGCUCGUGUCACGCGCGGUUGUCGAAAGACGUCUUGUCAAACAAGAAGAGGCUGAUGGCCCUCUUUCCGUUAUUGUGCAACCUCAAGAAGAAUCCAGGGACUCGGAAUUACUUAGUCCCGGAAAACUCAGUCCUGGCUCCGUCACUGUGGCUAAUAUGAUAGACAAUAAUGAUUACCGCACCUUAAAUCCCGAACCUACAUACCAGACUUUAACCUCAGUCAACGGCAGAAUGUCACCUCCAGGAUAUAGUCCGAGUUCUUCUUAUGCCACGCUGACACCUUUACAACCCCUGCCGCCCAUAUCGACGAUGUCCGACAAAUUUGCUUACGGACAUGCUAGUAAUGUCACUGGUUCCUUCACUGUUAUGCAAAACAACACAAUCAGCGGUAUCAACUUGGGCCUGGGUGUUAAUGCUACCACACCGUAUACGAUGACUAACAUGGGAAUGACUCCUCCGCACAAUUAUUCCUCACCUGGAAUGGGAAUGCAGCAGCAAUCCAGUCCGAUAAGUCCUCAAAGUACGUACAGUCAAAACGGUUUACCUUCACCUCAAAAAAGUAUGUCACCUCCUAGUUAUGAUUCUCCUUACGGUCACCAAAGAGACAUGGUGCCGCGAUUACACAGUCCGCAACUUAGUCCGCCUUCCGCGUCAUUGAACUCUCCAGACGGUACGCUUGUUACCAGUUUUAGUUCCACAAAUUUAAAUGGACUUGGUUUACAAAACCACCCUCCUACUUUAGUGCAAAUAGCCCCUCAGCAGAGGGACUGCUCCCCAUCACCUCCAGUGGUCAGCUUGCAGACAGCUCCUGUGGUUUCGCAACAGCAACAAACGAUGCAGAUCACCACGAAGACCUCCAGUCCCGGAUCUCUCAGCGUACCAGCAAUUGCUGCAGACGUCGAGGAAAUCAACACCAAAGAACUAGCCCAAAGGAUUAGUGCAGAACUGAAACGAUAUAGCAUUCCACAAGCUAUUUUCGCCCAAAGGGUGUUGUGUCGGUCGCAGGGAACUCUUUCUGAUCUCUUGAGAAAUCCGAAACCUUGGUCUAAGUUAAAAUCUGGAAGAGAAACUUUUCGGCGGAUGUGGAAAUGGCUACAAGAGCCCGAAUUUCAAAGGAUGUCAGCUCUUAGGCUAGCAGCUGCGCAGAUACCUCAGCGAGGCAGUUGCAAACGGAAAGAGGACCCAGCCAGCAAUUUGGAACAACUACCUACACCGAAGAAACCGAGGCUAGUUUUUACCGAUCUUCAACGCCGUACCCUACAAGCUAUUUUUAAGGAGACGAAAAGGCCAUCGAAGGAAAUGCAGGUAACGAUAGCUAGGCAACUCGGUCUCGAACCAACAACAGUGGGCAACUUCUUCAUGAAUGCACGAAGAAGAUCCAUGGACAAAUGGAAAGACGAAGACCCGAAAGCUGCCUCAUCAAUGCUACACCAACAGAUGUCUCCUGGAAUGGAUCAAGACGACUUAGAACAAGAUGGCGAUAUGGACAAUGAUAUGGAUGAUCAAGAUGACGUCUUGUGACAUGCGUUCCGCGAUCGUCACUUGUUAUUGCUGUGACACUUUGUUUAAGUGUAGCGUUUUUUAGAACAAUUAGCCUAGUGUAGAUUCACCAAAUUGUGUAUUUGACCUAACAUUUUGUUUCUUGUUGGCGGCAAAUUUAUAAGACAAUCCUUUAAUACUGAGCAUGUACAAGAAUUACAAAUAUAUCAAAGUUCCAAAGAUAAAUACCAGAUUCUCAAAUAACAACCAUAAUUUAAUAAUUUGCCCUAUGCAAAUAACUCAUAUAAAUUUAUUUUGUAUUACAUUUGGAAAAGGACUCAAAGUUUCUCUAAUUUUGUAUAUAUAGGCAUUAUUGUUCUCAAUCUGUGAUUUAUCUUAGCAUUUUAUCAACAUACAAAUGUCGAAAGACUUCAGAUUGGGAAUCUAUUGAGGCUUCAGAUAACCUUAAGGUUGAGUAACAGACAAUUUGUACAUUUUGAUACUAAAAAAUAUGUAACAAUGUGAUUAAAACCAAAAUAUAUUUGUAAGUUUCUUAUUUAAAUUACUUAAAGCCAAAAGCCCAAUAGAAUAAGUUUGAUUUCUAUUCAUCCAAAAGCACUCAAUUUACAUUUCCUGUUUAUAUUAUUGGAUAAAAGGAAUCUAAUAAAAUUUUCCAUAAUCAAAGUAUACAAUUGUGUUGUUGAGCACACUCAAGACAUUUUUGUAGUAUUUUCCUCAAUAUUUUUAUGAAAUCCUCUUAAACUGCCUAUCCAUUAUCAAUUUUCACUUGUACAGUUGGGUAAAAAACAGUAAUAUCAGAGAACUCAGAUUCCCGAGGUUUAAUUCACCCCAAAAUUUGUAUAUAUUACAAUUGGAAUUAUUAACUUGAUCAUAGAACAGUAUUACAUUCAAAAACUGAUGGAAAAGUCAAACUUUCCGAAAUUUAAAUGGCUACUUAAUUUAAUGAACAACAAUAAUAAUUUAUAAAAUAUACAGAUUAAGAAAAUUUAUCACUUCUUCAUCUAGGACCAUAUAUUUUUACUAAAAUGAAACUAGAAAAUAUAAACAAACAUAUCAAUUAAUUUUUUCUGACUUAACUACUUUUGACAUCAAUGCACUUGCUAUAUUCUGAAUAUAUCUAUCUGAGUUAUUUAAUCCUCAAAAACAAAAUCUAUGGGGAACAUUGAGAUAAUAGUAAAAUCAAACCAAUCAAAAAUGCAGAUUGGUAAUUAAUUCAAAUCUCUUAACAUUUGUGUAAAUAAUGUUGCAUAAUUUAUGGUAUCUUUGUAAGGAGUUAAUAUCCUUAUGUUCCCACGGUAGGUGACAUCCUUUACAAUUAUCGAAUGUAAUUGAUAUAUUAUUAAAUAUAUGAAUUAUUAUUAAUGUAGUUAUUGAAUAUGUGAAAACAAUUCGUCCAUAAAAACCAUUCUGGAAGUUUGUUCACGGUUUUGAUAUUUUAAUUUGUAAGAAUCCCGAGUGAAAUAGAUUUGUCCAAGGAAAAUACAGUCCGCCAAAAAAGUAUCGCCUCACUAUGAUUCCUGAGAUAGAACUUCGUCUAUCUUAUCUUAUCUUAUAUUAUCAGUUUCCUGUAUUUAAAUUAAUAACAGACAGUGCUGUGUUUCCUCAUCAAGACCUAAUGGCAUCACGACAACGUCUUAGAAUAUUUGUGACCAAGUCCUCCAAGUAAUUUUGCUCGAAAUUCUCCCACUCAUUAAUCAAUACCUCUUGAAGACGUUGAUGGUCAAAUGAUACCAAAUCUUUGGAUCUCAACCUUCCAUAAAUAUUGUCUCACACAUACUGAAUUGAGUUUAAGUCAGGGCAUUGCCAAUAAAAGGGGCAUGAGUAUCAACAUGUGGCUCUAAAAUCUCUGUAAUGUACCUAUGAAGAAUUAAUGAUACUCCAACUACCAGUACCAAUUCUAUGUAAACCCUUAGAGAUAUUACACCCCACAACAUCAUAGAUCUUCCUCUAAAAUUUGUUGAAUAUCUUAUGUUGCAAAGAAAAUCUUAACCUAGCUGCACGGUGGGCCCUUAUCAGUUGAGGAGCAGUAUAAGCUAUUCUGCAUCUAAUUCCAGAAUUUCUCGAAACACUUCUCACGAUCUGUGCUUCAGCUAACUCUUGUUAACUGAUUAAUUUUCAUUAACAGCAAUUAAUCGAACAAUUUGCUUCGACGGUAAAUUUAAUUUAAAAUUGCCAAGUAAUACACAAAGUGUGUACUCUCGAUCUGUGCCGAACAAAAACUGAUGAGAAGCAAAAUCCAAAACAUUUUUUUAUGAAAAUUAAACUAAUCAAUAUAAUAAAAAUUCCACUGACGUUGAUUUUGUAAGCAAUGUUGCCAUUUUUAUGGGUUAUGCGAUACUUAUUCGGCAUAGUGCAUAUUAGAUUGAUAUCAUUACAGAAGAUGACUUGAUCAUACAAUUAUUUGUCUUCAUAUCAUUUAUGUAAUACUUCCAUAUGGACAGUUUUUAUAAGUGGACGCUAUUCCGACUGAGAAGGACAGAAUGAUGACGAUUUCUCUAUCCUCCGAGGUUCCAGCUCGGUUCUGCGCAUUCUCAAGUAUGCGUAGUAUAGAUACAGUGUCUCAAACGAGAGAGAGAGAGAGAGAGAGAGAAAAUAGUAUAUUGUGGGUACUUUAAUAUUGGGAUAUUCCUUCCCGUUUAACCUGUCACAAACACAUGGAAAGUGAAUUGAUGCAGCUCACAUUGGGCUUUACAAACAUGAAGUUAUUUCAUUUAAAUAGCAUUUUUGUUGAAAAUUUGACUUUUCUUACACGGAGAUAUAAGUUGUUGGCUGUAAUUUUAUCGAAUACGAUAACAAAACAUUCGAUCAUUAUUUUUUUUUUUAUAUAUUAUUUAUAUUAUAUAUUGAGUUAUGUAAAUUCCUCAUUCACCAAUAGUACAAAAUUAAUUAUUAUAUUGCGCUUCCGGUUUUGUGCAGUCAGGUAUUAGGGUGUGUUUAUUAAAAAUAGUGUCUAAAUACAGAUUUAUUUCUAUUUGUAAACAACAGUUUCUACUUUAAUACCAAAUUAUGUAAAUUUCAAUAUUUGGUUUUAUCAUAAUUGAACGACAAAAUUAUUUCAUGUUUACACCUUUUUUUAUUGAAGAAUUAAUCUAGAAACUUAUGUUUAUCGAUGAAAUUUCUCUGUUUCCAUAUAUCUUUACAUUCCAAAAGUGUAAAAUUUAUCCUGGUUAGGAGAAAUUGAUAUUUCUAUUUAAAAAAAAGUACAAGUUUGAGCCUAACUGACUGGUUUUUACCAUAUCAUUACAAUACAACUGAUACUUUAAAAAUUAGUCAGUUAUAUUGGGAAGUAUCUGAAUAAUCUUUCAAAAUACUCUUUUUAAAGAUAAUUAAAUUGAACAUUUGACAAUAGAAAGACAUCAAUAGAAAAUAAGAAACAUAAGAUACUUCUGCAGUAAGGCAAAAUGAAAACAGUUAUUUGUUAAGUUAUUGUCUAUUUUCAAAAACCUUGUAUCUAACAUAGGAGGCAUGAAUGAUUUUUCUUUUUUUAUUAUUACUUUGUUUUAUCAAUUUUCUGAAAACAAUCAGUGAUUGGACUAAAAGUCUAUAAUUGGAUCUUCAUCAAAUUGGGGAUGAGCCCGAUUAAUUAUUCAACAUUUGGGAUUUUUGCCAGCUUUAUUGUUUCCAUAAUCGAACUAUACAUUUAACUUUGUCCAGCUAGAGUCAUUUAUAAUCAAAACUAGCUCCAAACAGAUUUAAUUUUUUUUUCUAAUAUUGUUCAUAAAAUCUUGAUUAUUUAUAGACUAGUUAAUUCGUUCAAAAUAAUAACAUUUGCGUAACAAAAACAUUUGAAAAAUAAGAUGACUGAUAACAGUAAAUAUGGCAACAUUGCAAAUGUGAAACUAGAAUAAACAUGUGGUUUAUUUCUUCUAAAUAAUUUCCAUUAUGUUUUAAGACUUUUUUCAAUCAAAAUAUAUGGAAAAAUAUACAAAUAGACGAUUUUACUACUUGUAAAUAACACUAAUUUUAGUUUUUGCAGCAAAAUAAUUUCAAUAUUUAUCUUUUAGCGAGACAAUCUGAAUUUUAUUUAGACCCUCCACAUAUUAAAUUUUGUAAUGAAUACCCACUUUAUCGGUAUUGCAGAAUGCUAGUCAAUGAAAUUAAAAUUUUAAUUUAUUCUGACAAUAACGUAUAAUAUUAAAAUAUAAAUAUAAAAAUCUGAAGUAUUAUUUACAACGAAAUAGAUUCGAAAUUAAUCGGGAUGAAAAAAUUCAUAUGAAAUCAUUUUAUAUAUUUAAAUAAGAUACUAAAGAAAUGAUGAAUAUAUUUCAAUAUUCCGUAUACGAGGUCUGGCUAUUAAAUAACGAGACUGGUUACGAAAAAGGGUUUUGUUUUGUUUCGAAGCAGAUAUUUUUCUAACCUUUCAAGAAAAUCUGAGCAGACCUGUUGAUGCAAGAGCUUUUGGUCAGGAGUCAGAUUUUUUGGCACCAGCUUUUUCAUGUGUAAUUCCUCAUGUAAAUUUUUUCUAAUCGUUUCUUUAUCGACUUUUACAGCCUCGGCAAUCAUCCGAGGAUCUGCACACACAAUUUGGUUGAUUUUGGUUACUGUUUCCGGAGUUGAAACAUUUACUGGACGACCUGGGUGCUGGUCAUCUUCAGUGCUCUCUGGGCCCUUACUAAAGCGCUUACACGACUCAAAAACACGCGCACGAGAUAGAGAAUUGUCCCCAUAGGCCUCUUCCAACAAUUUAUAGCACUCAGGCGGAUUUUUUUUCAAUUUAACGAGAAAUUUGAGACUGAUACGUUGCUCUUGCUUUUCGUCACACAUGGUGAGAAAAAAACACGUUCAUUUCAAACCACUACCGCACAAAUACCAUAAUAGUGACGGAAACGUGUUUUGGGACGUGCAUUGACAAGAUAUCUAGAUACCCCACCCGUCUAGGGCGCCCUCUAGGACCACAGUCUCGUUAUUUAAUAGCCAGACCUCGUAAAUCUCUUAGAAUAAAAUAUAGAUAUUGAUGAUGAAACAAGGUUCUGCACUAAAAUUGAAAUAUGCUGUAUUAAUUUUUUUGAAAUGAAUCUACCUUUUUAGUACAACAAUCGUAACCUGUUAAAACAAGAAAAACGAAACAGAAAAAAGUACUAAACAGCCUUAAGUUCCAAAAAACGUUGAAAUAUUUUGAUCCAAUUAUGAAUGUAUUGAAAAAGUGCCAGUUUUUGUCAAUUUACUGGAAAGCCCCCUUCAUGUUGUUUAUAGUUCAGGACGUUCCAAGAAAAUUAUUUGAAAAAUUGAAAUAUAGAUAUUUAAAAGUGUCCUCAAAGUAUAGAAUUUUUUUUUCAUACUUUGUGGCACUAAAUUUUGGAAAAUUGACUUUAAAAGAAUGUAUAUUUGAACACUAUUCUAACUGGCAUCGAGAAACAAUACUGUUUUCUUGUAAUUGAAUUAAAAAACUAAAAAUCAUUUAUUGAAGAAAUAAAAAUCAAUACAUCAAUAGAAAAUAUGUAAUUAUUAAAAAAAUAGCAACUUUAUAUUCAAUAAUUUUCUUCUAUCUUUUUUUAAAUAUUUAAAAAUCAAUAUUUAAUCAUAGUAAAUACAAGAAAAAAAUUUAUUGACAAAUUUUUGUAUGUUGAACUCAAUGUUAAUUGAUUUUUUUUUUUAUUUUUAGGAGCUCAUUAUAUCACAACCUUUUUCAAUUAUAAGUUUUUUUCUUGAGAUAUUCUGUUAACCUUUCAUAUUUCAAAUUCAAAUUAUUUUCAAAUAAUGUAACCACCCUUUGGCAUGAAAUCGCAAACUUCCAGUGUAGUAUAAAAGAAACAAAUUAGUUUUUAUCUAAUAUAUUUCAAAUUCAUAUUUUUGCUUCUUUUUCCAAAAAUUAGUUCAAGUCUUUUUUUACAUGAUAUUUGAGUCAAUUUAAAUGUAUUUUCAAUCCAUCUGUCAAGAUCUAAUUAAGAAUAAAUUGAUAGUGUGUGAAGGGCUUCAGAAAUGAUUUUGUUGUAACGAUUUGACUACGUAGAGCAGCUGUGCAGUGAAAUUCGGAAUGUAUGGUGAUUUUUUGUUAUCUAGUCAAACUGUACAUAAUUGUUAUUAGUUGCCUCUUUUUAUUUAUUGUAAUUUAUUCAAUUAAUAAUUAAUUAUAAGAAAGCUAGAUAUGUAAUAUUACCUAUUUAAGUUGUAGAAUUUAAACAUUUAAUUUAAUCCCACGACCUAUUUAGUCAAAAUGUUUUCUUCUACAGGUCAAAUACGAAUAAUGAAAUUUCUACACGAAAAUUUGUAAAAUAUUGCGCUAUAUUUUGGUAAGAAAAUCUAAAGUUUAUAUUUUAGCACAAAUAAAAUGGUCUGUAUAUAAGUACGGAUAGAUAAUGUACAAAAUAGCAUUUUCUUUUUUGUGUUUUUGUGUACGACAAGUAGAUCAAUUUUUAUGUCCAUUUUACAGUGUCAAACUCUCCAUUUUGUUCUUGUGAAAUAUAUUUUGCUUGUAAUAACAAUAACUUAUAUGUAUUGUUAUUACUGUCCAAAACAUACAACCAUCAAUUUUACAAAGAAUUAAACUUUUAAGAUCUCUAUAACAAAUCGGCAAUUGACCAUAAAUGUAAUACUUCUAUAUGGACAGUUUCUAUAAGUGGAAGCUGUUCCGAUUAAGGAAGACAGAAUGGCAACGAUUUCUCUAUCCUCCGAGGCUCUAGCUCGGUUUUACGCAUUCUCAAGCAUGCGCAGUAUAGAUAAAGUGUCUCGAACGAGAGAGAAAAUGAAUAUUGUCGGCACCAUAAUGUUUUUCCCACACCGACUGUCCAUAUAGAAGUAUUACACAUACGCAAUUGACACUAAGAUAGUACUCGAGCUAUAUAUAGAUGGAGACUCAGUUCUUUUUGAAUUCCAUUUGAAAUUAUGACUGCUUCCACAAAGGGCCAGAAAAAAUCAAAAAUAUGCGCACUGAGAAGACAUAUGAAAGACACAAAUUAGCGGGAAAAUUAUUAUACAAUCCAUCCAUACUACUGCGAUAUUUUAUGAAAAGUACUCUGUGCCAAUUUUGUAACUAAAUUAUUUCAAAAUAAUUUCACGAAACUAAAGUGUUCGGGGCGUCGUUUUAGCAUUCCAGCCGCUCUGUACCUAUACCUGAAAAGAUAUUUUGUGUGUGACUCUCCAUAUCGUUGCUUUGCCACGAAAAUACAUAAACCCAAAGGAGGCUAUGUUUCUGGGUUUUAGUCCACUUCCCUACCUGCAGCUGUCGUCCUCUGUCAUGCCUAUCGUCUUAAAGUCGUAUUUCACAGGGAAAUAACGUGUCACCACUUUAAUGUCGUUUCUAGGCAUCUCGAGUUCCUCAGAGUUCUUAGCUGAUUUGUUUAUCAUAUUUUUAAAUUGUUUUAGGCCUGGAGUGUUUCUUUUUAGUGAGACUGCAUCUGAUUCUUUAGCCAUCCGUUCAGUUCAUUAUUGAUGUGGCAUCUCAUGAUGGUCUUUCUUUCUUUUUUGUCAAGGCUAUCUGCUUCGUGGUAUACCUUGGUGCUACUAGAUAGGUCUCCAAUAAAACAAUCCUGAACACACAUGGUUAUUGCUAGCAACUUCGCAUGAAAAAUGGUGAGUGCUUUUUGUAGUGGUCUAAAAAGUACUAAAUUCACCAAUUUGAGCUACCUUCUAACCAUCUUUAUACCAUAGAGAUGCAUUUCGAGCUUUCAGAAGGUGUUUAUUUACCCAAAAUUGGUGGUCAUUGAUUAUCAGUUCGAACGAGAUAUGUCAGAUUCAUAUUUUUUUCAUAUAGACUAUCUUGUGAACCCCUUUUUUAUUAUCUUUUUUUGUAGCUGUUUUUUUCUCGAAUAUAUGCACAAUUCGGACUGUUUCUUAAUUUGUAAGUGACCUUCAAAUUUCAAGGACCAGCUGGCACGUGCAGUACAAAGUUUUGCGGCGGUAGACGUUAAUAAAUCAACAUACUACAAAGUUUAUUACACACUUAUUACAUUAAAUAAAAACAUUUUAUAUGAACAAUAAAAACACGUAAAAAACAUUUAAGCCCGUGAAAGUCUAUAAAAGCUUAUAUUUUAUUGACAUUUACAGCAAAGAUUGGACCGACACCCUACUACCCUACUUUAUUCAAUUUUAUGAUGUAAAUAGAUGAAUCAUUCCACGGGGAGUAUAAAAAACAAUAAAUGUCAUUCUUGAAAAAACACAACAAUAUUGGAAAAUUGGGUUAUGUGGUGAACUUUUUCAUUUCCACCCUUUUUUUAUACAGAAAGACAGUUUUUUGGGAUGUCUCGGAAUUUGACCAAUUUCGAAUAGAUGUCGCUAGUUAUACUAGUUUCAUACACGCUCGAAGUCCAGUUACUGAAGAGAUUGGAAAAUGAGAAAAAGUAGCGCGUGUGGGGAAAAUCAUUUUCUAAAAGAUGUGGCAUUGUUUAUUAAAAAAUUUUGGGUCCUAUAUCUAACAUUAUACGAGAAAUAUACAUAGAAUAUACUACCAGAGGUAGCUCACUUUUUGAAGCUAUUGUUUCUACUAAAGACUUGGACGCAGCUCCCUGCAUAGACUUUGAAGAGUAAUUUAAUGACCAAUUCGAUCUCUGGAUUAAUCAUGGUGCAUUUAUUUCAUGGCCAGCAAAUAGUCCGGAUUUGAAACACGUUUUUGUGGUCAAUAACAAAAUUGAAGCAUUAAUUUGUGGAUUAAAUGGGAGCAAUGUUCAGUAUCCACUUGUUUUUUGUUUUUAUUCGUGAAAAUAUUUUGGGAAAAUCAGUUGAUUCAGUAUAAAUUUAUCUCCAAUGGUCACAAUAUCAACAGGGUGAUUAAAUUAUAGUAAAUAACGAGCUAUCUCUUGAGAUUUAGAUCUUAAAAUGUUUAAAUCCGAAAAAUCUAGGGGGUUAGAGUAUUUAACAGUUUAUUUUGAAAUUUAAUAGAGUUUUCUUCACGAAAUACUGUUAAAAGUCUAUGUAAAUAUUACGGGACAAAAAAUACUUAUAAAUACCUAUUAUUGUUGGGAUCACUUUUGCUAUGAAACUUAAAGUAACUCUCAUACAAAGAUUUGUGGGCUUGGGUUAGUUUUUUUAUAUCUGAAUAUUUAAAUGUAUGCUAUUAUAACCAUAGCUGCCCUUUUGUUACUUUGUAUGAUAAUUUAAAAAUAAAAAAAAAACACCAUUCGUGGUAUAAAGACAACCACGGUAUGCCUUAAUGAAACAUGUUAACUGUUGUAUAAAUCUAGUCAGCACUCGUCAUUUUUUUUUCUUUAAUGUCCCCCUUUGUGAAUGUUAUAUUUUUAAAACGUAUCCACAUAUUUCGUACUGGAAUAUAUAUAUUUCUUUUCCACAAAUACAGAAUUUUCACUGAUUACGUUUUUAGUAAAAAAAAUCAAUUCAUUAGAUUUUAAAACGGAAUUGAAGCAAAUAGUUUUUCAAUUUUUUUCCUUAGAUUUCUUAUUGAAAGAAUCAGUGACUACUUUUGGUGUUUUCAUUUUUCGGAUUUUAUUUUUGUAUCCAAACCUAGCACUAUUCAUCGUGUUUGAGUGAAUUUUUUAUUUUUGUGUUAUAUAAAUCCGUCAUUCAAUUAUUACAAUAUUUAUAAUAUUGAUGUUUAAUUAGAUUAAAACGAAAUAUGUGUGAUGAAAUGUAAUACUCUGUAGUGAUUUGUCAGUUAGUGUCAGUAAUGUAAAGAUUCUUUCAUAAUUUGGACCGAAAAAGAUAUAUGAAAAGGGAUAUAUGAAAAUAACAAAUAAAGAAAAAACAUUAAAUAUUGUUUCAACAAUUUAUUCUUAUGAUCAAAAUAAAAUCAAGCAUUUUCUUUAAAUGUUAUAUUUAAUAUAUCGAGUGAAACGGGUGUCUGAUUAAUUAUUUAGAAUUUUUUUGACAUCCGUGUGACGUUUACCACAAGUUUUUGCACGACCAGCACUUUGAAACUUCUUUUUACUUCAGUGUAAGUGAAAAAGAAGCUGUUUUAAGACAAGUUUUCAAUAUAAUUAGCGCAGAUUGAAUAAAAAAAAUAUUAUUAUGAACAUUUUGAAAUCCUCACUUUUCAAUUAGUUUUAACAUUCAGAUUCACGUCAAAUUUGAUGAACAAUAAACUAUUCUGAUGAAAUGGAAGAGAAGGAACUAAAGCAGCUCUAGUAUAAAGACAAAAUUUCCAAAUCAGAAAAGUGAUGGGGCUAAAUAUAAAUAUGGAAUCGAAAAAAAGUAGGAAAACAAAAAUUAUAUUUCCUCUCUAAACAAAAUAAGUGAUGAUUAUCUAGAAAUAUUAUCGAUCAAUACCCACAAAAGUACAUUACGAAAACCAACACAAAAUAUAGCAAACAAGCAUUAAGUUAUAAAAAAAGCCAGGACGAGCACUGAGAAGAAGUAUACAGAAAAAAAAUCAUAUGGAAAUUUACAACAUACAGUUUAACAUUAUUCCUACCGGGGUCGGUCAAAUGAUCGGUAUUUCACAACUUAUAUUUUUAAUAUUGAAUGCUACCUAAUAGCCAGCUUACCGGUAUAAAAAUAUAUGUUUUUCAUUCGAAAGUUCAUAAUCUACAUUUUAUUCUUUUUCGUUGAUUUUUUUACAAAUGGGCUUCCCAAUUGUAAAUUUUCCCAGAUUAAGAUUUUACCGAAUAAUUUUUUGCCAUUUGGUCAGUCAUAUUUGCGCAAAAUUUGGUGCUUUUAUACAGGGUCCGGCGGUGGAUUGUGACGCUUUUCGCUACACUGUAGUGAUUAGAAAUUUUGUUGUAAAAGAAGUAAAAAUCUCCGAAAAAUAAUACUCAUUGAAUGCAGUUUUUAACAGUUUAUUAUGUUUUAAAAAUUACAGAUUUUAAAUGUCCACCAUUAAACAAUGUGCGAGGCUCGUUUAGGUACACUUUAGACUUUAAAUAGGCCCAUAAGAAACAAUCUGGAGCCGUUAAGUCAGGAGAACGUGCUGGCCAAGCAAGGUUUCCAUUUCGGGAAAUUUUACGUGAUCUUCAAUUCUCAAUCUGCGUAAUUCGGCAGUAAGAAAUGUUUGUAGCAUUUGCAAAUAUCGCUCCGAGGUAACGGUUACAGUUCGAUUGUUCUCUUCAAAAAAAUAUGGUCCAAUAAUCCCAAGGGUUGCAAUACCGCACCAAAUCGUAAUUUUUCAGCAUGUAAAAUUUUCUCAUUGGUUGUUCUGCGCACCAAUAUCGAAAGUUUUGUUUAUUAACAAAACCCGAUAAACAAAAAUUAGCUUCAUCCGACAUAAUUAAAUUAUCCAUCAGAUCUUUUCUUUCUCCCAACAAUCUUACGAAUUUAUGCACAAUCUGUAUUUUAUACGGGUGAAACUCAAGUUCAUCAUGCAAAAUACGGCGAACUGUACGAUUUGAUAAGUUCAGAGCCCCUGUAUGUUUAUUCGCUGAACGUGUUGCACUGGCUGUUACUGCUUCUUCAACUCUUCGAAUAUUUUCAGGCGUUCGCACAGAACGGGAAGAACCAGCAAACCUAUCACAGACAGUUCCAUGCGCUUUCCACUUCUUAAGACAUUGCAAAAUCGUUUCAAUGUAAGUCGUUACGACGAACACGUGUUGAUUUACCGACCAAUUCUCCAUAGCUACUGAACUGCAUACAAUAACAAACACUUUAGUCAUAAACAGAACUCUCCCACCUAUUCACGUGUCAGGCAGAGGCGCGUUAAAAUGUGUCACAUCCAAUGCCGUACCCUGUACAAAUAAAUUGUCUCCGGUGUUCGGGUGUCAUUUUAUUAAUCUUGUACGGAUUAGUACAUUGAACUGAGAAUUAUAACUUCCUUUUUUGACUUAGCUUUGUGAACUAUCAACAUACAAUUGUAUGAGCGAUAGAGUUUGGUCGAGUAAAGUGCCAUGUCGUAGUUUUUCAGUUUUCCAAAUCUUGUUGAGUCUUUUCUAUUUGCUCUAAUUGUCUCAACAAUCGUAGUUUUUUGCUAAAAGUUUUGUUGCUAAAGAUAUGCGUGAAAAAAAGUUGUCCGUGGCUAUAUUUCUUCAACAUCCUACAUACGGUUCUACUAAUUUCAUUAUGACAAACUCUUCAAGAGGAGCUGAGGGUUCCUUACUUUCAUCUUUUCUCAAAUACGGAAAGCCGUUUAUUAUGUAUUCGCUACAUACAUCGGAUACUAAGCAAAAUUCUAAUCCAAAUUUGUCCAGUUUAUUGGGCAUAUAUUGAGUGAAUUUACACCUUGCUAUAGUAAUACAUGGCUCUAGUUUAAACAAUUUCAACUAUUGUUAACAAACUUCGGAAAUCAUAGCAAAUUUAUCGUUGGCUUCAUUGAUUUCUGUCAUCAAAUCGAAUCUCCGUAAAUUCAUAAUUUGAGAAAAAAGGCGGGAACCACUUAUUAUUCUAUAGAAGUGUUAUAAUGCAUAUAACUUUGCAGUAGACAGUUCCCACUCAUAUCCCAAUCUGUAACAGUUCAUUAAACCCUUAUCGAGUCGCAUCUCUUUAUAUACCCUUCUGAGGUACAUGUGGUGCGACUCAAUUUGAGCGAAUCUUCAAAUUACAAAAGAGAGCUGUUAGAUAUUUACUCGGACUAAACAGCAGGACUCACUGAGGGACUUCUUCAAAAGAUUAAAAAUUCUAACUCAUCCUGCUUAUUUAACUUUGAAUCCGUUUGCGUAAUUCGUAAGCACGCUUCUCCAAUUUCAGAAAGAUCGUUACACGGCUAUCUACUUAGGAACGCGGAGCACGACCUUUACCUAUCUACUCCAGGUUCAGAAUUAGUUGAGGGCUCAAUAUUUUACAAUGCAAAAAAAUGCACAAUCACUUGCCAAUUGGAAUCAAAUCGAUAUCAUCUUUUUCCGCAUUCCGCGAUAAUUUGAGCGCAUAUUUAAUGGGAAGUGCCUUCUACUCUGUAAACGACUUCUAUUCUAAUAAUGUUUAAUUCCGGGCAUGCUGCUUACUGGUUCGUUACUUAUUGUGUUUUUCUUCUGUAUAUUGAAAUUUUAUUUUAUUUGUAUCUUUAUUUAGUUAUUUUUAUGUUUGUUUUUUAGUUUUUGCAAGCUUUUGUCUACAAAUUGUAACAAUUUUUUGACAAUAAAGCAUUUCUCUCUUUCCAACACUCUAAAUGCCUCUUCGUCUGGGCACUUUCUUAUAAGUUCGAUUAUAUUCUUUUCCAUUAUCACAUAAAAAUAUAAAUAAACACGAAACUAAGGCACUUAUAGAAUAAAAUCGUACCACAACUACAUUACCUUUCGUUUGUAACGACUUUAUAGUUUUGGAAUUGAGUCUUAUAGAGGAACUAUUAAAAAAAAUGUAUAACCACACCAAGACCAAUCAAAUGACCGGUCUUGGUAGGUAAGGCAGACUACACAUUUUUCUCAGAUAAUAAACAAUAAAAAAAAAAUAAGUGAAUAUCGAUGUAUCAUACAUAUAUAUGAACUAUUUGACCGGCCCUGGUAGGAAUAGUGUUAAAGCUGGUCUUCUUACCCCCCUGAAACUAUUCAGUCAUCUGUAUUGUAAUGAAAUACCUGCUGGCGUCGUCAAAAGCAUCGUGAUUGGCAUGUCCAAACCAUUUUUACCAAUCAAAAAAUGUAUUUCUUUUUUAGUAUUUAUUUAUAUCGUGGUUAUUUGUGGUAAAUCAUUCAUUAUUAUUUGUUAUCUUCUUCUUUGUUUCCUGCUACUGCAUUUGAGCAAAACGAUUGUUAGGUCGGGCGCAAGUUGAGACGCAGUCAACACGUGUAGGGCAGCAUAGCGCAAGGGAAGACAUUUCGAGAAAACUUUGUGGCGCAGUUGCCAGUUCACUGCUGCAUUUUGACGAAGGUGGACGUGUUUUCUCUUAAAUUUGAGCUCUGAGUCGAAUUCUGAUGACGAGUUCUUAACAAUACUUCUACUGUACCAGAAGUCAAGAUCGAAGCGAUCCAGAAGUGAAUUAAAAAAAGACAAACUAACGGGGAAUUUGCGCUGACGAGGGAACUCUCGAGUGAACAUGAAUGAAUAAUUAUUUCACACUAUGAUUCAACCUAUAAUUUACUCUGGUGGUUUCGCACUAGUUCAAUCAAUUUUUCUUCACGAGAUUCCCUAAACACCUGUAGGUAAAUGUGCGAGUGUGACGCAGUUUCUGUGUGACAUUCACGAGUCCUUCAUUGGCACAGCCCUGCACGUGUCGACUACUACCCGGCCUUAUCCGCUGCUAUGUUUUACUCAUAUAUAGUAAAAAUCCAAUUCUCUUGUUUUCUCUUAAAAUUCUCACAAAUAUCAUGAGUAUAAAUAUUAGAUUUGUGUUUGAUUUGAUAAAGAUUGUCUAUAUAUUUCAUUACAAAGUGAAUCAGACCUACGGCAGAUGAAAUUACAAGGAAAGAAGCCUCGAAAAUAGGCAAAAAUAAAAAGGAGAGCUGGAUCGAACUCCCAAAAUUAGAGGAGAAUAAUCAAAAUAUAAGUUUAAGCUUUCUAUUUAUUGAAAACUUUUCAAGAAGCAGCUUAAUUUAAAAAAAAAUUGAUAAUUCAAGAGUUUUAGAAAAUUAUGUUUUUUAAAAAAAAUCAAAUAAUUGCGUUAACUUUGCGAUACAUAUUAGUGCAAUAGAUGAAACGUGUAAACGUGUAAAAAAUGGCAAUACCAUAUCCCAUCAGUGUACGAAGCUACACGGUUCUGUAGAAAUAUAGCGUUGAUUAAAGAAAUAUUGACAU